GCUGAGGAGAGCAGGCGGAGACUCCAUUUCCCAGCAUGCUAGGCGGCACUGCGUGGGCCUGUCCGGGCGGGGUACAGAGCGUACGGCGGCCGGGAGGGCGGCGGCCGAGGCGGGAUGGAGUCGGUGGUCUUCAUCUUCUCGCUCAUUGACUGCUGUGCCCUCAUCUUCCUUUCCGUCUACUUCAUAAUUACGCUAUCAGAUUUGGAAUGUGACUACAUUAACGCUAGAUCGUGCUGCUCAAAACUCAAUAAAUGGGUGGUGCCUGAAGUGAUUGGCCAUGCUGUUGUAACAGUAUUAAUGCUUAUUUCAUUGCACUGGUUCAUCUUUCUCCUUAAUUUGCCAGUAGCAACAUGGAAUAUAUAUAGGUACAUUAUGGUGCCAUGUGGAAACAUGGGGGUAUUUGACCCCACAGAGAUCCACAACCGAGGACAACUGAAAUCACACAUGAAGGAAGCCAUGAUUAAACUAGGCUUUCAUCUGCUGUGUUUCUUCAUGUACCUUUACAGAUCUAUGUUCUCAGAAGCCACGUUUGCAACAAUUCAGUUCAAAUCGAGAACGUCAUCAAUUUCAACUACUGCUCAGUACAUUUUAGACAAUGAAGAUAAAAAAGAACAAAUAAAGGAGGGACAAAAAGGACUGGUGCACUGUAGUAUUUACAUCUACACAUGCACAUCUGUAUAGCUCAACAGAAAUCCUGAACUUUUGGAUCUUUAACCUUGGUCCACCAUGAAAAGCAGUUCACGCUGGACUGGAGGUGCUGUCCUUCAGUCAUAUUCCACUAUGUCAGGCCAAAGAGUGAAAUAUGGGUUUAUUUUAGACAUACUGCUAUCCUUUCCUGGAAAAUAUCAAGUAAGUACCCUGGCCAACCUUAUUUCCUCACAGUUUUGAGUUACACAGUACUAACAGUGACUGUUUACAUACUUCAAGUGUAAUUUUUAGCCCCGCCAUAGCUUGAAUCUUAAGUGACCUCCAUGGGCAGUGAUGGCACUACAUCAGUGACAGAACUGAACCAAUUCCAGAUAUAAACCAUUACUGAUUUCUGUUCUUACCACAGACAGUUGAAUAAAAACAAACCACAAAGCAUUUGAUUGCCAAGAAACCCUACCAGACUAUGUCAACAACUGCUUAAUUUGAGACUACUCUGUCCAUAAUUAAGAGAAUGACUCUACUGAAAUUAAAAUAACCUCACCACACCUAUAUCUUCAACAUACAAGUGAAGCUGUUACUCGCCAGAAGUAUUUUUGAUCCAAACCAUAGGCUUAAGCAUAAUACCACAAAAACAAAAAGCCUCAAGAACACCCCACCUACUUCUAAUUAGAACUGUGCAGAUGCUUUGCUUCAGAGGAACAACACAAGAAUCAUUAAUGCUUUCUACUGCUACCAUCCUCUCAGAAGAUUCUGCUAGCACACAAUUAUUUCUUGAAGUAUGCCACAAUCCCAGGGCUCCUGAAACUUAUUUAAAGAACCAGUUUGCUUGCUUUCGUGACAGUUGCUACCAUCAUCAUAGUUAUAAAAGUGAGGUACAGGAAGGAUACAAUG